AUGGAAACAAAUGAAAUUGAACUUCAAAAAAGGAUAUCGCAUUUAAAAAAUUUAAUAAAUUCACAUAAACAACAACAACAACAACUGCAACAGCAACCACCGCAACAACAAAUUUCAAUACAACAACCAAUAAAACCAAUUUUUAAUAAAUUACCUCCAAACCACUUAAAAACACAACAAUAUAAACCAACUCCAACAUUUAAUAAAAAGAUUAUUCAAAAACCAGUUAAUAAAACAGUAAAUUACAAUUUAAUUCCUCAAACUUCACCAACAUUUAAACAAACACCACCUGUGGAACCACUUGUAAAUACAAUUCAACCUAUUACAGCAAUAACAACAACAAAAGUGAUAACCACCCCAACUAAAACAAACAAUGUUAUAUUUAGUGGAUAUAAACCAAAAGAAAGCUUAAAUAAAAUUAAUGCAGUUAAACCACCACCACCAUUAUCAUCCCAAUUGAAAUCGUCAAAUGUAAUAUUUAGUGGUUUUAAACCACCAUCUUUCAAAACACAAAAUAAAUUAUUUACAUCCCGUUCUACCACUAUUGGUAGUAAUAAAUAUUAUCCAUCACCAUCAUCACCAUCAUCGAGAAUAUUUUUAAAGGCACCAAUGAUUACACCAAAAAGAUUAACAUUUAAACCUACAGCAUCAGCAAUAGCAUUAAAAGUAAAAAGACAACAAAUCCUAAAGAAUAAACUAUUAGCACUUAAAAAAAUUAAACAAAAUAAACCAUUACAAUCAAAUAAAGUAAUGAAAGCGCCAUCUACAAUCUCACCAAAAGUUAUAGAUUCUAUAUUCAUAAAGAAAGGAAAUAGUUUAGUUAGAAAGAAACUUGAUGAUAAUUAUAUAACAAUUGGAAAUAAAUUAAUUAGAUCUAAUACAGCCACGACAACAGCAGCAGCAACAACAACAAUCAAUAUACCAAUAUCUCACUCUAAAUUAUCGAUAGUACCAAAACCAAUAGUAAGAAGACCAAUUAUAAAACCACCAUUAUUAAUUAAUAAUAAAAUGAAAAUUAGUGAAAAGAUUAAAGAAGCGAUAAAUAAAAAGAAAUUAGAAGUUAGUGAAAAGAAAAAAAAGAAGAAACAAUAUUGUUUAUUUUUUAAUAGAUUUGGUAAAUGUAAUAAUGGAAAUGAUUGUAGAUAUGAACAUGAACCAAAAAGAGUUAGAAUAUGUCCUAAAUUUAUAGCGGGCAACUGUGAUGAUCCAGAUUGUAAACUUCAACAUUCCCUUGAUUUGGAUCUAAUGCCCAUUUGUCAUUUAUUCCUCAACAGAAUGUGUACAAAUGAUAAUUGUCCAUAUCUUCAUGUCAAUCUUUCAAAAGAUACAGAAGUUUGUCCAGAUUUUAUAAGUGGAUAUUGUCCGAAAGGUUCAAAAUGUGAAUUAAAACAUACUUAUACAAAGAAAGAAAAAUCAAAUGAUAAUAAUAUUGAUAAUAAUAAUAAUAAUAAUAAUAAUACUACUAAUACUAAUAAUAAUAAUAAAAAGAAUAAUGGUGAAGAUGAUAAUAAUAAUAAUAAUAAUAAUAAUAAUAAUAAUUUCGAUAACAGCGAUUAUAAUAAAACUCAAGAUUCAUUUUUUGAUGAUAUGCAUAAAUUUUAUGAAUUAGAUAAUGUAAGUAAAUAUGAUGACGAUAAUAAUGAUAAUAAUAAUGAUAUUGAUAAAAAUAAUAAUAAUGAUGAUGAUAAUGAUGAAAAUGAUCAUGAUAAUUAUCAUAAAAAAGAUAUUUAUGAAAUUAAUACCCCCAAUAAAAUGGAAGAUAUUCACUCAUUUAUGCCUGUUCAAGAGUUAUUAUUAGUAACCAUUCCAAUACGUAUGUUAAUUACAACACAUUAA